GGGGCUUCGGUAGCACUACAGCGCCACUUUUGAGCGGUCCUCCACUCCGUGAACAGUAACAGACCGCAGGAGCUGUCAGAGAAACCCGAGAGAACAGUGCCAAGACGGUCGAGCCUUCAGUUAUAUGUGGAAGGUCAAAGAUGGUUCAAGACAGUGCUCACAUUCGGCAGCGGGGUGCCCAGGACUUUAUGGCAUACUAUGAAUUUGCCUGUGCCCGGCAGGAAUCAGUCCCUCUCCCCGCUGUUAAGAUGAACCUUGACAAAGGGAUGCUGGACUUUCAUGGAGACAGGGUCAAACUGACGGACUGGCCACCCAUUCUCAACUCUAUCUGCAUCAACAAACACCUGCACCACAUUGCAAUAAGUAGCACAUACCAAGCUAGUCUGGCUUCUGGAGAUGCAGAUAGAAGAUACUAUAGGUCAAGCUUCAGGAAGAAGAUCCCAGCCAUUCGCUCUAAAGACAUGACAUUCAAGUUGUGCAAGGCCCUGAGAGAGUGUCUGACUGUCUCUGCUAACCUAAAGACUCUGCAGCUUAACGGCCUCCCACUGAGAGAGAGGGACCUCAUCACCUUGACAAAGGGUUUAGCAAAAAGUGUUUCCUUGGAAAACCUUUCUCUGGCAAACUGUCCAAUUGCAGAUGAGGGCUUAGAGGUAAUUUGCCAAAGUGUAAAGUAUUCCACGAGAAUCAGGACGGUAGAUUUUACAGGAUGCAAUCUCACUUGGAAAGGGGCAGAGCAUUUGGCCAACAUCAUCAAGCAUCAGGGAAUGCAGAGGCAUGGUACCGCAUGGGCAGAGUCUCUGAGGUAUCGACAACCACAGUUUGAGGGAAUGGGAGGUCUCCGCCGCAUCACCCUUAACUGUAACACUUUGAUUGGGGACCGAGGGGCUGCUGCACUUGCACACGAACUGGCUGAGGACCUCUGGGUUAAAGCUGUGGAUCUACAGAGGUGUGGUCUGUCCAGUGAAGGAGCUCGUCGUUUGCUGGAAGCUUUGAAAACUAAUUCUGCUCUUUGUGUACUGGAUAUUCGUAGUAACCCUUUAGUUGACAAGGUCCUAAUUAAAACUAUAAUAGAGAAAGUGCUGAUGAAUGCUGAUGGACAGUCACCAGAGUACUGCUGGAUCAAGCCUGCAGCCACAGAGCCACAGAGAGCCACUGAUCCAAAGAGGCGAGCAGUCAGAGGAAAAGCUACAUUUAGGAUAGCCCCACGUAAAGGAGCAUCUACUGGAGGCCGGAGUUCAAGUGUUGCUCAGACACAGAAGCCUUAUUCCCGCUCCCGUUAUGUGCCUUGGCGUGCUGCUGCACGGGCUGAACGCCAGAGAGGUAUGCCUCCUGGAGUUACUGUUAUGGAUCAAAGCUUUCAGGGUGCAGCUACUGUAAAGGUAACCGUGGAGUCAGAUUCAGAGGGAGAGGAGGAUGAGGAAGAGGAAAAUGUGGUGGUGGAAGUGGAGCAGAGACCAUCUUCUCGUAGUCUCCAGGAAAGGAUCACUGGCCGCCAGGUUGAACAUCUGCAGAUGGAGCUCAAAGAGUGUCGUCUGAGGCUGGGUGAGGAGCGCAGAGCCAGACUGAAAGCUGAGUCAAGACUCAUGGAGUAUGAGCUGGAGAAUGCCCGUCUUCGUGACGCCAACCACUCCCUGUCAGAGGCACUUGCAGCCACUGGAUCUGCAUCAGCAGCACCUGCUUUCAGUGCUCUUGAAGAUGAGACAGUCCUUGAAAGCAUUGAGAGCUCAUUUACCAAGUUCCAUGCUUUCUUGGAUCUCCUAAAGGAUGCUGGCCUAGGUCAGCUAGCUUCAAUGGCUGGAAUUGACAUGUCAGAUUUCCAGCCUCCGGGAAAACCUCAGCUCUCCUCCACUAUAGGACCAAAUUUGGGUAUUGCAGCAUUGCUGACCAAAGGGCGGUAUCAGGAUGUUCAGGCAAAGACUAAUACUUCCUCUUUGGAAGCCCACGUCCUGCCUGCUGCCCCUGGUAGGCCGGCUGACACCACUACUUCCAGAUCACUAUCCUCUGUCAGGGAUGACAGGCCACUAGAUGUGACCUUCGAUCAGCCCUCUGGACCUGCAGGUGACCGCGGUGCAGGUGGAGAACUGGAACCAGAUAAAUAUUCAAAGCCCGAUACCCAGCAUGACUCAGGUUCUGAGCACAGUUUCCGUAGCCAAAAAUCCUUUGAUAUGGUUUACUUUGGUAAAACUUUUCAGACUCAACCAAGCCACCUCAAGAGCAACAGCAACUCUCACAGAAGCAACGGUUCCCAUGGAUACAGCUUCAACAACAGCUGGGCUCACAGUCAGUCUUCCCAUAGCAACGGGUCUCACGGUGGAUUGUCCGAAAGGUCGAGUGUUAGUGACUUUAUAGGUGAAAAGGCAGAGUCUGUGGGAUCAGUAGGAUCAAGGUACAGGGGAAAGGGGAGGCUAGUGACAGUAGGUCAGUCAGGGUCAGAAGGGUCAGACUAUCCUGGAAGGGACACUCUGGAGCAGGUCAGGUCUCUAGGUGGUCUAGGAGGGCAGUCAGAUAAUGAAUCCUUCUGACCAGCUGACCAGAGUAAUAUAAAAAGCUCUGUCUCUAGGUGUCUGUUCUUAGUGCCUUCUCCUUAAAGUGCUUUGUGUUACUUCUUAAGACUGCAGAUUUUAUAAAUCUUUUUUAAUUCUAGAUUUCACUCUCAGGUAAUUCAUUUUAGGGAGUAAUGGAGUAGUCAAAGCAGAGGCAGAGUUGUUUCUCUAACCUGUUGUGUGUAACUAAUCUGAUGUGUGUCACUGGUCAUUAAAGUAAUGUGUCAAAUGUGUCAAAAAAUGCAAUAUAAUGUAUAUUUUUGUAAAGCGUCAAGUUUUUUUGCAGACACGUUUUGCACUCGGGGCAUGUACAGUAUAACAGUUUCAUACAGUAAAUUAGAUAAUAGGUAUUUGGGUUUCCAAGCUAACCCUCCCCGCCCAAAUCAAGUUUAAAUGAAAAUCCAGAGAUCAAGUUCCUCCAUGUGAUCCUGUUUCAUGUGAGAGACAUCAAACCUUUGAGGUAAAUUGAAGGGGAGCUUAAUUUGCUUUAGUAUAUUUAUAGGUUUUAUAUGUAUUAUAUCCAUUGUUCUUGUUAAGAUAUUCAAAAUGUAUGUAUCUGUAUGUUUUGAAUAAACAUGUUAACAAUUA